AUGUUCGGGUCUUCGUCAAAAAUUAUCUCGAGCAGGCGGGCCGUCAGCUGCGGAAUAAGAGGCUUUCCCCCGCAACUACUGAUCAAGUAUCUUGAGGAUGGAAAGAAAAAAUUGAGAGUAAUACAUCUUCGAAACAUCGACAAGAUCGAAUCUGCCUGGGAUUGUGUCAAUGAACUGUACAAAAAACCGGAACACUUCGAAUUACUCAGCCAACUUCCCAGACCUCAAGCCAUGCGUCUUAUAUUCAUUUUGAAAGAUCUCAGAAGGGGAAUAUCCCUCCAGCAAUCACUGAGAGCUAAUGAGGCCUUGGACAGAAUCUCCCCGAAUGAAGAUCUUAACAAAGUUGCUGACGAAAUCGUCGAGCGGAAGAAGCUUAUGAUGAACGAAUUAUUCGAGAGCAACAGAAUUCGUCCAGGUGAUCCUGAUUUCCAGUAUGACAUUUCAAUCGACUUCCCUGAGCAAGCGAACUCAAAUGAUUGGGACUCUGAUUUGUCUGACUUCUGGCCAAGACAUUGUUAUAUAUAA